AUGAAGCCGGAGCCGGCCCGGAGCUGCCGCCAGAGCGCGGUGCGCAGCACAGCCUCCGGGACCCAGACGAACAGACCGGGCACUGGAAUCCGAUCGCUGUCCCUCCUGGGAGAGAUGCCCCAGCACGUGAUGGGGGACAAGCCCUUCGUCUCCAUGCCGCAGCUGGUGCUCCCCAGCCCGCCCUCUGCCCUGGACGACAGGUGUGGCCACACCCCCUCCAGCAGGCGGGCGUCCCUGGGCGCGCCCCUGAGCCUGGGCGCCCUGCGUCCGGCCACCCACAGCCCCCUGGACUCCUGCAGCCAGCCGCUGUGCCAGCCCAGGGCCCAGAAGCACGGCGCCCGCACGUUGUGCUACUCGGCCGCCGGGCCGCGGAGCUCGGAGUGCGGCUGGCGGGCCUUCACCCCCAAAUGCCUGCAGGCCCUCAACACCCCGCGGGGCUUCCUGGGCUUCCUGUGCGCGGCCUCCUUCCUGCAGGGCAUGACCGUGAACGGCUUCAUCAACACGGUCAUCACCUCCAUCGAGCGGCGCUAUGACCUGCACAGCUACCAAAGCGGCCUCAUCGCCAGCAGCUACGACCUGGCCGCCUGCCUCUGCCUCACCUUCGUCAGCUACUUCGGGGGCAGUGGACACAAGCCCCGCUGGCUGGGCUGGGGUGUGCUGCUCAUGGGCGCCGGCUCGCUGGUGUUCGCGCUGCCCCACUUCACCACGGGCCCCUACCAGGUGGAGGUGGACGAGGGCCUCGGGCUGUGCCGGGCCAACCGCAGCGUGGCGUGCGGGGACCGCGCCUCGAGCCUGUCCAGCUACCGGCUCGUCUUUAUGCUGGGCCAGUUCCUGCACGGAGCGGGCGCCACGCCCCUGUACACGCUGGGGGUCACCUACCUGGACGAGAACGUCAAGUCCAGCUACUCGCCUGUCUACAUUGCCAUCUUCUACACGGCGGCCAUCCUCGGCCCCGCGGCCGGCUACCUGAUCGGAGGCGCCCUGCUGAACAUUUACACGGAACUCGGCCGGCGGACCGAGCUGACCACCGAGAGCCCGCUGUGGGUUGGUGCCUGGUGGGUGGGCUUCCUGGGCACCGGGGCCGCUGCCUUCUUCAUUGCGGUUCCCAUCCUCGGCUACCCGCGGCGGCUGCCAGGCUCCCAGCGCUACGUGGCCAUGAGAGCCUCUGAGACACACCAGCUGAAGGACAGGAGCCCCAAGGCGGCCAGCAGCCCCGGCUUUGGGAAAACCAUCAGAGACUUGCCUCUUUCCAUCUGGCUCCUCCUGAAGAACCCCGUGUUCAUCCUGCUCUGCCUGGCUGGGGCCACCGAGGCCACCCUCAUUGCUGGCAUGUCCACCUUCGGCCCCAAGUUCCUCGAGUCCCAAUUCAGCCUCAGCGCCUCGGAAGCCGCCACCUUGUUUGGGUACCUGGUGGUGCCAGCGGGUGGGGGCGGCACCUUCCUGGGUGGCUUCUUUGUGAACAAGUUGAAGCUCCGUGGCUCGAGCAUCAUCAAGUUCUGCCUGACCUGCUCCCUGACCAGCCUGCUGGCCAUCCUGGUCUUCUUCGCGCACUGCCCCAACGUGCCCAUGGUGGGCGUGACGGCCCGCCACAACAGCAGCGUCUCGCCCGAGGGCCACCUGGAGCUGACCGCCGCCUGUAACGCCGCCUGCGGCUGCGGGCCAGGGCACUACAGCCCCGUGUGCGGCUCCGACGGCCUCAUGUACUACUCGCCCUGCCACGCGGGCUGCCUGGAGGUGGCCGCGCCCGGCCCUGGCGGGCAGAAGGUGUACCGAGACUGUAGGUGUGUCCUUCAGAAUUUUUCCUCUGGUUUUGGCCAUGCUACUGCAGGGAAAUGCACUUCAACUUGUCAGAGCAAGCCCCUCCUUCUGGUUUUCAUAUUCGUUGUAAUUACCUUUACAUUCCUCAGCAGCAUUCCCGCGCUGACAGCAACCCUACGGUGCGUCUGCGACCAGCAGAGGUCCUUCGCGCUGGGAAUCCAGUGGAUCGUGGUUAGGACUCUAGGGGGCAUCCCAGGGCCCAUCGCCUUCGGCUGGGUGAUUGACAAGGCCUGCCUGCUGUGGCAGGACCAGUGUGGCCAGCAGGGCUCCUGCUUCCUGUACCAGAACGCAGCCAUGAGCCGGUACAUGCUCAUCGCCGGGCUGGUGUAUAAGGUGCUGGGCUUCCUCUUCUUCGCCGCUGCAUACGUCCUGUACAAGUCCCUGCCGGGGUCUCCCCAGGGCCUGGAAGCUUCUCUGCCCAGCCAAUCCUCGGCCUCGGACAGCCCCUCGGACCUCCAGGGUGCCCCCUCAGGCCUCCAGAGCAACGUCUGAUGCCAGCCCGCCCACCGGACCUGGGCCAGCACUCAGCGCUCCCCAAAACCACCAGCUAGCUUCUCCACAGAAGGGCUGACCCCUCACUGAUUGCUCCCCAGUCUGAGGACUCUUAGAAAAUCUCCCCUUAGAUUCUGGGGGGCUCGAGGCAGGAGGGCUGCUGCUCAUGUCCGAGCCCGGGAGGCGGCAAGGAGAAGGACUGCAAGACAUGGGAAAUGCGCUGGGGGCGUGUGGCGGCCCCGCUGCGGCCCCUCCGCUUCCCGGCCCUGGACUCGCACUCGGUGGCCUUUCCCCAUGGACGCGGCGGACAGCGUUGACGCCUCGCUGCUGGCGCUGUGCCCACUUCGGUUCUCGGUUCCCAGGGCGGGGCCGCCGCCGGUGGGAAGCACCAAGCGCUGGCCCCGCUGAGUGCUGGCGGCUGGUGCCUCCGCAGUCCCCAGCACUGCCCUGACUUCCUGUUUGUCCUGCGGAGGGGAGGCCCGUGGGACGCCAUUUCCGGGGUGUGCUCCCCAAGGAGCCAGUUCCUUACUCAAACCUGCUGUCACCUCCUGUCCUCGCCGCACGACCCCGGUGGGAUGGGAGCAUAUGUUUAGGGACCAUCUGCAUAAACACUUACUUCUAGAAUCGGUUUCCUACCCGCUGGGCGUGUGCUCGCCCAGCAGAACCUGUGGAUUCGCCGGAGGGUGCUGGACUUUCACGGGAUGUUUGUUUCCUGGUGUCCUCAGACAAAAUUAUGUGUGUAAAUAUAUUUUAAUAUUUAAAAACUA